UCUAAAGAUAGAGGCACCAUGCUGUCUGUAGCUCUGUUUUACCUCGUAGCUGUGAUUUGUUCUGCAAGACGGACACAUGCUCUACCUCUGUACUCUGACACCAACCUGGAGCCACAGGCAGAUUUCAUUCAAAAAUUAGUGUCAGAGGUAGAGGAUGGACCCAACGCUGCUGAAGGGGAGCAGAGAGAGGUGAAUGAUCUGUAUCCUCUACUGAUGCAGCACAAUGGAGGGAGAGAGUCCUGGAGUAGAGGCGCUAAAGAUUCAGCACAACAAGAUAAGUUAGCAAACACGGUUGAGGACCUUAGAGAAGCUGUCUUGAAGCUGGCAGCGGCUGACAAGCUUCGCUCUCAGGGUUUUCUCAGAUCAGAGCAGAACUUGCCAAAAACAAACAAAAGAGCAUGUUUCUGGAAAUACUGUGUCACCAACUAGAGCCCAGCAGCUGCAGGACGUCUGGUGUGAUUUGGCCUGGUUGGAAACGUCUCCACUCUCCAUCGUCAUUUUUGUUUCCCAUCAAACAGAAUAUUCAUGGUCUUUACUGGAUUGACAGAAGAUAUAUUUUUGAAGCUGUAAAACUGUCUUUUUUUGUGGCUGAAAAUAAACUUGACUAUCAGAAAUG